AUGUCAGUUUUAAUUUUUAAUAAAAAGUUAUUCAUUUAUGAUAUUUUAGUAAUUUUAAUUUUAUUAUUAAUUGUAUUAACUUUGGUAAAAUCUGAUAAUAGUAAUAAUAGUUUAAAUAAAAACAUUAAUGAAAAUAAUGUAAUUAAAGAAAAUAAAAUAAUAAUAAUUAAUGAAGAGGUAGAAAAUCAAAUUCAAAUAAUUAAAGAAAAUCAAAUUAAUUAUAGUAUUCACUAUGUAUCUUUUGUUCAAAUGAUUACAUUAUCAAUUAUGUUAAUUUGUGGAUUAAUUCCAUUUGAAGAUUUUAAAAAUAAUAAUAAUAAUAAUAAAAAUAACAAUAAUAAAAAUAAAAAAAAAUAA